AGUCUCGCAGAUCCUUGCAUCCAUUCAACUAAACCCGUUGACGUUCUCUUAAGUAUCUCAUUCGUCCUUGGGGAAUCCAGAAAGGUACAGAACAUCGAGUAGCCCAUAGCAGACGAGUCCUUUGGUUCUUUUUGCAGGCUAUCUGCUCAACUUCGCUCAACAGGUGGGAGUUCAUUUGUCUCCCGGUUGGGUUGACUCCAAAGAGAUUAAGCCGUGGUCGAUCGGAUUCCUCAGUGCUUCGUCUGUGGGCCCAUUCCACCUACAUUGGAUAAAGCCAGGAGUACGACACUUUCGAAAAGAUUGCUGAACACUGCUAGAACACAAGGUAAGCCACCUAGUGGAGGGCCCUCUCGCUAACGGAACAUAAGUGGAUUGCUGAAGGGUUGUGUAGUUAGACUUUCGAUUAUGGUGGUAUCGCAAUCCGACGAAUACGGAGGCAAGACCCUGAAGAAGAUCAAAAGUUGGUCUGUGGUCCCCGGUGUCUUUGUUCAAAGCGACCCAUUGCACGAUGCAACGGGUUACGACCUUUUAGGCGAUGGCUUUGGGUUGGUCGAUAAAUCUCCGGAAAGGUGGCAGAAUCUGGUAAAAAAGUUGAAGCAGCUCAAUGAGGAGUCGGACGAGCAUACUACUUACAAGUUGAUCUAUUAUGCUCGACAUGGAGAAGGCUUCCAUAACAGGGCGGAAUCCAAAUAUGGCACUGCAGCAUGGGACAGUCACUGGGCUCAAAAGACCGGAGACGGCGAAUCGGUCUGGGGUCCAGAUCCUCUCCUGACUGAAAAAGGUAUCGGUCAAGCGAGGACUAUGAAUUCAGCUCUCAAGAAAGAACUUGAACAUGGAAUGCCGUUGCCUCAGAAACUCUAUUCAAGCCCGUUCCAAAGGUCAGCGACGACGCUACAGAUCACCUGGGAGGAUAUUCUGUUGAACAAGGGGAUGGUACCGAAAGGAACGAGUAUGCGAUCAUACUUGCGAUCAGCGGAGUCCUCGAUCCGUCAUCGAAAAGGUCUAUCCUGGAUGGACCUUUGAUGAUGGUUUCACCGAGGCGGACGAGAUUUGGGAUGGAAAAUAUGAGGAAGACGAUGCCGAAUUGACUCGAAGAGUCUUAGAGGGAUACAGCGAAGUGUUUGCGGAUGAUCCGUCCAGUAUCAUUUCCGUGACUGCAC